AUGGCCAUCACCACACUCGAUCGGUUUGCCGAUCCGUUCCUACUCGCACGACAACAAGGUUUGCAGACUUUCCUCAGUCGCGUGGCUCGACAUCCGUUGCUGUCCGCCAAUCCGGAUCUGAUUGCGUUUCUCUCGCUCAUGAAAGAUGAAUUCACGCAGUAUCGUGCCGCGCAUCCGUCCGUGGGCACCCUGGCCAGUAUGAUCUCGGAAACCAGACGCCUUGUACAGACCAGGGUGCCAAGCCUGUGUGACGAUCAGUCCUCAUCCGAGGACACCGGUUCCGGACUUACAGAUUUAGGUGUGGGCUUGAUCGGUUCGAAAGCGAUGCAACAAUACGAACAUGAAUUCCGCGGCUACGCGGACGAGCAUGUCAACUAA